GGGUCGCGGGCCUCGCGGGGGGAACCCCCCGGAUUAGGGUUGCACCCCUGGGGGGGCCUUGUUGCGCGCCCCUUCCCGUCACCCAGGCCCACAACAUAGGAAGGUGCGGAUUAGCUAUGCUCCUGUCCUGCGCGGGCUGCGAGAAACCUAUUCUGGACAAGUUCCUGUUGAACGUGUUGGACCGAGCCUGGCACGCCAAUUGUGUCCGCUGUUUCGAUUGCCGCAUCGAACUACAGGACAAGUGCUUCUCGAGGGAGGCGAAACUCUUCUGCAGAAACGAUUUCUUCAGGCGAUACGGUACGAAGUGCGGUGGUUGCCUGCAAGGCAUCAGCCCGUCGGAUCUGGUAAGAAAGGCUAGAGACAAGGUGUUCCAUCUGAACUGUUUCACGUGCCUGGUUUGCCGGAAACAGCUAAGCACAGGUGAGGAGCUUUACGUGCUGGACGAUAACAAGUUCGUAUGCAAGGAGGAUUACUUGUCCGGAAAACCUUUACCCCACACGCACCAUGCCCACAGUCAUCACAGUCAUCACGGGGGUGAUUCUCUGAUGGGAUCCGGUUCCGAGGACGAGGACGAUGACGGGAGUUCGCACCACCAUCACGGCGGCGUCGGUGGGACGCAUUUGGGGCCUCACAACCUCGCCGCCGGGGUUCCUGGGGACCCGGGUGUUGGCCACGGCGGUGAUUUACCCCUUGGCGGUGACCCCUGCAAGCAGGAAGACUCGGAGGAUCAAGGUUCGCUCGACGGCGAUCCCGAGACUCGAGACAGCCAGACGGAGAAUAAAAGUCCGGACGGUGGAGCGGGCGGAGGAAGCGGCGACGGCGGGGCCGGUUCCAAAAGGCGCGGCCCCAGGACGACCAUUAAAGCCAAGCAGUUGGAGAUACUCAAGACGGCGUUUUCGCAGACGCCCAAACCGACGAGACACAUCAGGGAACAACUCGCCAAGGAGACCGGCCUUCCUAUGAGGGUCAUACAGGUGUGGUUUCAAAACAAAAGGAGCAAAGAGCGGAGGCUGAAACAACUAACGUCGAUGGGCAGGGGCCCCUUCUUCGGUGGAUCUCGAAAGAUGCGGGGGUUCCCCUUGAACUUGAGUCCCGGGGCGCUUGGUGGCGAAGACGGACCCCCGCCGGGAUUCCCCUACUUCGCCACGGACAAGUUCGAGUUUGGAUACGGCGGACCCGUCGCGUUUCACCACGAAUUUUUCGGCGGUCAUCCCCCGCCGCAUCCUCACGGCCCUCCCUUCAGCGGUCCUGGAAAUCCUGUUGGUCUUGCUAUUGCAGGCCUAGAUCCGGCUAGUCUCGCUGGAAUGGCAGCUGCGGCUGCUGCGGCCGGCGAAUAUCCUCCCCCCGGCGGACCUGGCGGACCUCCCGAGUUCCUCACGGGUCCUCCAGGCCAAGGUCCUCCCGCACCUCCAGGUGGCAGUCCAGGGGAAUUCCUAGCGCCGUCAGGCGGUGGCCAGGGAAACCCUGGCGGGGGUGGUAACGGGGGCGGUCCAGGAGGCGGGGGAGGCGGUGGCGGAUUCCCGGAACCCCACCAGAUGCAGAGCGAAGGCCUUGUCUGGUAGAACAAAUUAGCCCAGCAUAACAGUUCUUAAUUUAUGUAUAAGGAACUCGAGUAAAUUUGAGGAAGACACGUGAAUUGAGAUCCGCGCGGUCGCAAAAGGUGCUGGAUCAGCAGCUCCUCGAUCUGUUGAUCAUCACUUCUGCCUCUGUUUUUGUAAGAUAUAUUUAUCAUUAUUAUUGUGUAUAAAAUUGGAGCCCCCUCCCACCCCCCCCCUGACCCACUUCAUCCCUGAAACCCCGAAGACCCCUAUUAUGUAUAAUGUUAUGUACCUUGUUAAUUAUUUUAACGUUAAUUAUACCUUAAGAGACCUUGUAGAUAUUGCUAUCACACAUUGUACUAAUUAUUAUUAUUAAAUAUAAAUAUAUAAAUAUAUACAUAUAUUUUGUGUGUGUGUGUGUAUGUGUGUGUGUGUGUAUAUAUAUAUAUACAGACACACAUAUAUAUAUAUAUAUAUAUUAUAUAUACAUAUAACUGUUAAGGCGGCAUUCGAUGUAAAUACACUUUGACGAAAACAAAAAGACAAGAUAUACAGAAAGGAAAACAAAUUGACGUAUAACAUAUUUCAAAUUUACAUAACACACAUUAGAUUUUAAAGACGAAACCGACAUUAUAUAUACAUACAUAUAUAUAUAUAUAUAUAUAUAUAUAAUAGUAUAUGUAUAUGUAUAUAAACAAUAAUAACACUAAAUAUUGUGUACGACACAACACGCCCCGCCAUAAUGCAUAUUAAUUAUAAAUAUUAUUAUAUAAUAA